GCCGCGCGCCGUUCCGAUCUUUUUGAUCUUUCACGGCCGUGGCGCAGGGCCGACGGUUAAUUGUAAGAAUCUUUCUCGUCCUCGACGCGCUCGCGACCCAACUCCGACGUAGCUCGUCACGUUCCAACGGCACGCAGUUUUCCGUAGCGGCGCCGCGGCGUAGCGCGGGAGUGGGCGACCCGCGCAUACACACGUACACAUGUAAGCGUUGUAGCGCGCGGGCAGGGAGAGACGACGCGCGACGGUCGAGCCUUAAAUAUCGAUUUUGGACGAGCCGCGAUACGCGAUAGUCCGCCACCUAUCCCGAGGACGCGCGCGACGGCGACGAUAUUCCCGUGACGUGAGUCCCGUGACAGUCGGCGACGGCCGCGCGCGACGGUCGCGCGACAUUCUCGCAAGGUCUUCGUAUCGUUUCGCAGGUGCUACGAGGUCACGUCUCGCGAGUGAUCUCGCCAAGUGAGUGCGCGGCGUAGGCUCUGCUCUCUCUAAGGUGACUCGUCGAAAAUCCCGACCACGUGUGUGCGUCUGGCGUUUGGCGUAUAUCCCCCUUCCGUGGUUGGAUACUCCGAUCCGGGACGAGCCCGGCUAUGCUUGAUGCCGCUCGUGGGGAGAAGCGCGACGAGGGCCAUCAUCCACCGGGGACGGCGGAGAUUUAGGACUGUCGGCCGAGCGGAGGAAUAGACGCGCGCGCGGUCACCAUGGCGCGCCAUUGUCGACGAUCGACGAGUUGACGGGUGUCGCGCGCUCGAGGUGUGCACGCGCUUGUCGAGGAGGCGAGGAGGCACGGGCGCGAACCGUAAACGGUUGCGACGUGAUUGCGGGUGAUUGCGCGCCACCCGAAGGAGAAGGAUCGUCGUCCCCGCGCCAAUUCCGGGGAAAAUCGGCAGCUACCGAACACGGACCAUCGAGCAUCGAGCAUCGAGCAUCGUGAGAGAAGGCGCGACGACGGAUCGCGACGAUGGUCGUGAAUUCGUUUUAUUACCGCAUUUACCGUUACGUAAACACACCUCGUCGAGCCUCGUCGACGGCGUCGGGUCGUCUCUAACCACCGAUCGAGGGAGCGAAGAGGAGGGGAGGAUCUCAGCCGUGAGGCGAGGGGAGGAGGAGCAGGAGGAGGAGAAGCGCGAGCGCGAGCAAAGUCGCUCGCGCGAGGGAAAAGCCGCCGCGCGAGCAGCGACCGGGCUGCUCCAUCCGGAAGAAUGGUUUCGAGAUAUGGCGUCUCGAAGGAGGGCGCAGUGGGUGUCGCCGUCGGUGCCUUAGGACCCAUGCAUUGUCUGAUGCCGCACUGUGGCGGUCCCCAUCAUCACCACCAUCUCACGGCGUCGCAUCCCCAAAACCCGCAGCCGGGUCACAACCACCAUGUGCAUCCCGGCCAUCAGCCGCCGCCGCCGCCGUCGCCGAGUCCCCACCUCAAUCAACUGACGCAUCCCCAACUCACGGUCAACAUCAGCCACCUCGGUCAUCACCACCAUCAACAUCACCAGCAGCAACCGCAGCAGCAACAGCAGCAGCCCCCGCAGCAACAACAGCAAACGCAAAUGCCGCCCCAAUACCGAGUCACCGCGAAUAGAUCGGAGUUUCAUGGAAACUACAGCGCCCAACCAGGGGGCCAAGUGGGCGGAAACGCGGCGAGUAAUGUAGGAGUACCCACGGGUAGAGGGCCUCCGCCGCUCGGCGGCAUACAAACGAUAGGGCAAUCCACAGCGGGUAUACCACCAGGAGGUCCCGCCGGAGGGCAAGUACCCUCGCAAGCCCCGACCCCAGGAGUGCAGUCGCAACCGCCACAAGGUCCAGCGCCUACUACGACACCACCUGUACACACACCAUCGCCUCAGGAAAUGGGAAAGCAGGCCCACUUACAGACGCAGCCGCCGUCUUUACAGCAAGUUUACGUACCGACGCAAAACAGACCGGCGUCUCAAGGCUAUUAUCAAACGGGUCCAAGGCCGCAACAACCGCGAGGUAUCAGUCACAGAGGUGGCCAAGGCGCCAGUGGAACACCAGUGGUCGGGAUGGCCGGGGUAGGUGGAGGUGGAGGGCAACCACCUGCCAUAUAUCCUCAUCCGGCUAGUUUGCCGGUGCAGGCAAGUGCAAUGUACAUAAGUCAAAGUCAAGUCCACGGUCUUCACACGGGGCCUCAUCAGCAAUCGGUGUAUUCCAUAAACAAUCAACUACCGAUUCAUCAGUUUUCUGGUCCACCUCAAAGGCACCAGCCGCAUCAAAAUCAAUCGUAUUUCCCCUUUCAGCCUCCAAUCCAAUUACCAAAUGUGUUCGGAUAUCCUCAUGCGCCCGCUCCUCAGCAUGGAUAUUAUUACACAGCGUCAAACACGAUGAGUUUGACUAGGGCGAGUACAAGUGCGGUCAGCGCUGGAGCGCAACAUGUCCCAGGCCCGCUGGCCAGUACUCAAGCCGGUGCUCCAGUUGUACCUCAAGGUACGCUUCAGCAACCUACUCAACAAGCCCAACCUCUGCCUUCGAUGGGUAUACCUAUGUCGCAAGCUGAUGUCUUCUCGGGACAUAAUGGUGGUGCGACAAAUACUAACAGUACUACCAGGUCUCGGAAACCUCGAGGACAGAAUGCCAUUUUGGACAUAGUAAAUCCGCUAACGGGCAAAAAUAUAAGCGAUGAAAUUUAUAAAGAUAAUGAAACUAUGCAGAGUGGUGAAUCCAGUAAUCGCGAAACGCCACAACCACAGAAUAACGGUGCGGAGGUGAUAGCCGAUUUCGCGGCUCGCGUCGCGAAGGCCGCGACCGAGGGAUCCGACACGGUACCGACGAGCGCGUCCGAAACGGCGCCUAACACGAUACAAACAACGGCGCAAACGUCGUUAACGAAUAUUGAAACCAAUCCCGCUAAUGACGCAAAUAGUCAGUGUAGCAAUAGUCCGCCUAUGACAAAAAAUAUCGGCGUCAGCGCUGGCGCUGGCGCUGGCAAAACGGUACCGCCUACGAUAAGUAGUCAAUCGUUAGGUACAUCUAGUAACAUGACGCAAAUCGAUCCGAACGCGACAAAAACGGAGUCGAAAGCGUUGCAACUUCCGGUAAAGGAAUUUCAGCCGAGGAGUGAGAUAAAGAGCGUGACGAUCGAGGAAUCGUCACCCGUCGUAUCAUCAGUGGCCGCGAAUAAAGAUACUGUUUCCGUACAGCUUACCGCGUCGACUCCUAACAUCGAAACAACGGCUGCGACAGUGACAGCGACGGCGACGGCGACGGCGACGGCGACGGCGACAACAACGGCAACGGCAACGAUGACGGUGACGGCCGAAACCGAAACCGAGGCCGCUAGGGUUACUGGCGCUGUAGCUACAGCCGUAGUUGGAAGCGGAACCGGAGCCGGAACUGGAACCGGACCUGGACCCGAAGCCACCAAACAUCUCAAUUCCUCGCCCAAUGUAGUACAGACACCGAUUACUCCGUAUUGGAGUAACGUUACCCAGGAAAUCCCGAAACCGUCCGCCAUUGCCUCGAGCGCCAAUCCCGUUCCUACUAGGGAGCCAUUCCCUAAUCUAACCAAAACUUCGUCAAACUCGCCGCCGAGGAGGAAACCGAACGCCACCGAGCUGCCUUCGAAUACCAAAGAGCAAAAGGAGAGGAAAACCCGGGAGAAGAGCCUCGGCUCUCGGGGCGCCACUCCUACGCCUGUUCACAAUCAGGUGGUGGAUCACCAUCAUCAGAAGACGAACGGUGACGCAGUUGGUGACAAGACAGAAACGGAGGUGGUACACCCGAGAAAUGAGAUACAGCAGAAACCGUCAGACGGUAAAGCUAUGCAGAAGCAAAAGAGCAAAAAUAAAUUGAAACCCCGCGAACUCAAUCGCAAGGGCGCAGAGAAGGAAGGCACGGACAUGGAUGCCUUUGUAAAUACCGUAUCAGCGGCGAAAACAGUGGAAAUUAAGCAAGACAACAAGGAGCAGCACGCUCCCGCCUCGAAAGACAGUAACAAGGAGCCCGGGAGAGAGAUCAGCAAGGAUAUCAAAGAAAAGGAUAAUUAUGAGUCGAAGAAGGAAAAGGAGAAGGAGAUUCUGCCCGUUCACGCGAAAACCGAGAAGCAAGCGUCCACCGAGGUGUCCAAGGACAGCGCUCCCGCGCAACAAGCGUCUCACGUUGUAGAUAAACCCCCGACCAGCAUGGAAUCUUCGAUCAAGUCCGAGGACAGUGCGUUUAACGCGCUUCCCAUCGCAUCUCCCAAUGACGUCGUCGAUCACGCGGCGGUCAUCGAAGAAAUGCACUUGGAAGCGUUGGUCGCGCAGAAAAAUGAAGAGAACUUCAAGGUGUCGGCGCUACACGCGUCCAACGACGAAAACGCGACGACUGUCCCAUCGGUGAUUACGGAGAAGAAGCAAGAAGUCGAGGUUUCCAGUGGCAGCGGUAAUGCCCCGGCCGAAAUUGCCGCACCUAGCGGUAAUAAGGCCCCAUUACUCAAGUACUCGUACAAAGAGGGCCAGUGGAGCCCGGUCAACGUGACCGGUAGGAAGUCCUACGACCGGGAUUUUCUUUUACGUCUACAAUUUGAUCCCAACAGCAAACUAAAGCCGGCUAAUCUACCAAAUUUGCAGGCUGUCUUGAAAGAUAGUUUACAGAAUACGCAUAAUACUAUGGACUUGAGGGCUUUUAAGGAUGCGAACAUUCCCAGGCAUGAUGCGUUAAUGCCAGGGUUUGCAAAGACAAAUAUGAGUACACGUCCGCCACCAACGAGUCGUAAGAGUGACCGGGGUAAACCAAAAGCGAAUAAACCAAAUGUUAUUCAUGUUUCACUAUCGUUAAGAGAAGACGUGAAACUGAGAGAAACAGAAAAUGCUUGGAAACCUACGAGGUUAAAGCAGCUCGGUCUUACUGAAGAGGAAGCGAAAACGGAAGCCCUCUAUAAGAGAGUACGAAGUGUAUUGAACAAACUCACUCCGCAAAAGUUCAACACGUUGGUUGAGCAAGUCCGACAUUUGCCGAUCGAUACGCAAGAACGCUUGAAUGGAGUUAUUAAUUUGGUCUUUGAAAAAGCUGUUGACGAACCCAGCUUCUCUGUCGAAUAUGCCUUGCUGUGCAAAGAACUGGGCAUGAUGGAAGUCGCAGGUCCUGAUACUCAAGAUAGUUCCGUUAGCUUCAAGAAGCUUAUCAUCACGCGUUGCCAAAAAGAAUUCGAAAAGAAUCCAAUUGAUGAUGUUGCGAGAAAUCGAAGGCUAAAGGAAAUUGACGAGUGUAAUGACCCGGAGAAAAAGAAAGAACUUCAGUUGGCGCUUGAAGAGGAGGAGCGCAGGAUACGAAUUAAAUCUGUAGGAAAUAUUAGAUUCAUCGGUGAGCUGUAUAAACAGCAGAUUUUGACAACGAAAAUCAUGCACCGAUGUAUUCGUCACCUGUUAGAACAGAAUGAUGAGGAUAAUCUGGAGUGUCUGUGCAAACUGUUGACAACGAUUGGCAAAGAUUUGGAAUUAAAAGGACCUGCUGAGGAGAUGCAGGAUUACUUCAAUAGAAUGCAAGAAAUUGUUGCACGAAAAGGCCACAGCAAAAUUAGUUCUAGGAUUCGUUUCAUGCUUCAAGAUGUUAUCGACUUGAGAGCAAAUAAAUGGAUUCCGAGAAGAAACGAUAACAAUCCUAAAACGAUAGACCAAAUUCAAAAAGAAGCGGAAUCCGAAAGACUGGACAUGCAAGUGCAUGCAAACAGCGCUCCAUUGAACACCGCGCGAAAAGACGACCGUAAUAAUGAUAGGAAAAGAAAUCGUGGACUUGGUGGUCCUACUGACGAUGGUUGGAGUCAACCAGUAGGAAGGGUGAGACCCGUGACGUAUUCGGUGGAAACUGCAAAAUUGAAGAAUAAACCGCCACCAAUGGACGACAUGCAACUUGGCAACAGGGCAUCUUAUUUAUGGAGGGCUACUAACCCCGCCAACAACUCUAAGACGAUAAGUUCCAACAAAUUUGCGUGCUUAGAGAAUAUGUCCAAUUUAGACCAGGACAAGAGGAUGCCGCCCUUACCACUUUCUGGAUCACGAUCAACCGGUCCAAGAGAGUGUAGCCGGGAUUACAAGUCUUAUGACGGUAGGAGCUCUCGUAAUGGCACUCAUCAGUCGGGCAGUGCAUCGAGCAGGGAGAGUCAUCCGUUGCUGGAUAACUCUCAAAGGAAUGUGUCGAUGCUUCCGCCCGUAUUGAAGUCUGCCUCCCAGUCUGGGGCUAUAAGCCACAAGGCUCCGAUGUCGGAGCAAGAAUUUACAAAGGCUUAUAACUCCAUACUGAAACACUAUCUGGAGGAGCCGAUUGUUGAAAAUACGGGAUUAGAGAUUCAACAGAAAUUUGAUAAUGCAACAUUUGCCAAACUUACACGCGAGUGUAUUAAUCAUGUUCUCGAGAAAUCGCCUGUCGAACGAGAACUGGUUUCGAAACUCUUGUCCCAUUUACUUCGACAAAAUAUUUUACCUGUGGAGUGUUUCAAGAAUGGAUUGGGAGAAGUGCUGGAAAUAGUAGAUGAUUUGGUUAUCGAUAUACCGAAAAUUUGGACUUACUUAGCCGAAAUACUGUCACAUUCGAUAGAGGACGGAGCUAUCUUAUUAUCCGAAUUCAAGAGUAUAUGUAUAAGUUUGAGAAGACAAGGCUUUGUAGGCAAAUUCCUUGGAGAACUUAUGACAAAAGUAUCUCGUAACAAAGGGCCUAAAUGGCUUGCCGAUAAAUGGGACCAAAGUGGACUUCAACUGAGUAACUUAAUCGAUCCGGAACGAGAGAAUGUCGAUAAAAUUAUUCAGGAAUACAAUUUGGAGUUUUUAACUGGUGAUUAUAAUAGUGCCAAAGACUCCGCUGCUACCGAGCAACUCUCGUUUGAGAAAAUUCAGGAAAAUCUUACAAGGCUUAUGAAAGAAAAUACUUCCUUCGACGAAAUUUGCAGUUGGAUAACUGCAAAUGUUGGUAGUAGAGAGAAGGAUCCCCAGUUUAUAAGACACUUAAUGACUGCCAUCUUAGAAACCACGUUAGAACGACAUCAUGGCACUUGGAAGCUAAAUCUAGAUACUUUUGCUAAUCUGCAAACUUUGAUUCAACGGUAUGCCGACGCGAACGAUUUAUUGGAAUUGCAAUGUCUUUAUGCAAUUCAAAGAUACAUCAAAAAGAUCGAGUUUCCACCUGGUACCCUCGUUCCCAUUAUGAACCGAUUAUGGAUGGACAAUGUGAUAUCAAGCGACGCGUUCUUGACGUGGAAACAGAAAGUUCCGGAAGGACCUGAUGUCGAAGGCCAUAGCGUCUCAGUCGUCGCACUUACGUCGUUUUUCACCGAUCUGCAAGAACCGGACGAUAAUUCCAGUGUCGAGGAAUUGUCAACUAGUGCGAAUCAGGGCUGUUGACGAUACUGUGAUCGAUUGCAUUAUCGUCUAUUAAAAAGACUCAAAUACGCGUUUCCCCGUUGAAAGGAAAAUACAACGUCCCGAAAUCAAAUUGCAGUUGGUUUUUUUUUUUUUUUUUUCGUAAAAAAAAUAAAAACGCAGGAACGCUCCCAAGUAUUGAAGGAAAGAACGGUACGAUAAAUAACAAUGAAGUGACACGUAAAUGUAUGUAAUAUAAUCUAUAACUCCAUCGACUUUUUACCAAUGAGUAAAGAGAAGUGAGAGUGCUGACUAAAUAAACAAACGACAGCUGUAUUUGAAAUACAGUAUACAUAAUGAAGAUAAAGUUUAACUAUUAAUUAUUACAAAACUAUGCAAAAUAAUUAUUAUAUAUAAUUCAAUAAAAUGGUUCAAAGUUUAAAUAAAGCAAAAAAAAAGUGGCUCGAAAAAUAAUUAUCGUGUUUCUUAUGUAAAAUGUCUGCAGCGAGAUAGGUCGAUCGCUCAAUAGAACCGGAAUAUGCGUCUUUUUUCCAUGCUUGGAAUCGGCAGGAUUCAACGUUACUUCCAAUUAUGUUAACGCUAAUAUCACGGGUCACAAACCGAAGUGCUUGUUACAAGAUUUAGAUAAAUCGCAGAUCGGAAUAUGCAACCUGAGAGUAGGUCAAUUUUAAGUGGGAUAAAAGAAAUUCAGAAAGUAAGGAAAAGGAAAAUUUGAUACCGAGAUAAAACCAAGUCUGAUACUGACAGCGAUAUGGUUCUUCCUAUUAUUGUAACGGAAUACUUUACUAAUUUAUAUAUUUGCAAAUAAGAACUUAUAAUGUAUUAUAUUAUAAGAAAGGACACUCGCGUGAAACAUGAUGAGAUAGAGCGAAAGUGAAGGAUAUAUAUUGCGGAGUUAGGAUCUGUAAUCUAGAACACGUUGAAGUUAGAAAAUGAAAGAUUACAAAUGGUGUGCAUAUAUAUCUAUAUAUAUGAUAUAUGUAUAUAUAUAUAUACAUGCACACAUAUACAUAUAUAUAUACACACACAUAUACAUAUUAAGGUACUAUUUUUUAACACUAGCUAUUUAUAAUCACAAGAAGUAAGAGAGAGAGAGAGAGAGAGUGAGAGAGCAGAGCGCGGCGCGUGGGAACAUUGGAAUGUGUCUACGUGGCUAAUGCUGUAGCGAAUUGUAUAAAAUUGUUAUUAAACUGAUUUGAGGUACAGCGUUGAGCUCGCCUUUGUUUCGAACGUGCUCGUAUAGGAGAGACUGAUUUUCUGUGUGCAUGUGUGCGUGUACAGCUAUCAAAAAAUAUUAUGUUUAACCGGCAACUAUCGUUAAGUGCCGAUACCACACGAUUUAUCGUACCUGUAAAGGUAUCCACCCUUGGGAAAUUGCGAACUGUUUUCGCGAGAAUACGGAAAUAGACGUACGGACUUGUCGGAUAUACUUUUGCAAAAGUAUAUCGAGUCUUUGCUUUGGUCUUCUAAAAGAAGGCGCGUCAUCUGUCAGAACCUUCGAUCGACCAUUUUCGAAAUACGAGACACACACGGACGAAUCGAUUACAGACUUGAUUCAAAUUACAUGAAGCAUACCUAUAUAUUGUAUGUAAAUAUAUAUAUUAUUAUUUAAGUAUAUUAACAGA